UCGAAGAAUCAUGCUUACCAAAGAGAGAAGAAAACAGAAGGAUUUUUUUGAAAAGGAGAAACUUAAGUCAAAGAUGAAGUUAGUGGGAGUAUCUCCUUUGAAAAGCUCAGCUGUCAGUUUGGACCUUCUCAACCUCUACGUUGUUAAUCAGAUCUCUACAAAGAAAGAAAAUGCUGAGAAUAUUCGAAAGCCAAUUCAUGUAGAUAUUAACAGAGGAACUCAAAUUCCUUUGAGAAAGCAAAACGUAGAUUUUCCCAAGUCACCAGAAUGCAGACCAGCUAAGCUGUCCCUUGAUGACAUCCAGCACAGGAUACAAGAAGAAAUCUUGGAUAGUAGAAGAAAAUACCUCUACGAAAAAGCCAGUGUUCAUUCUGAAGAGUUAGGGUCUUCUUGGCCAGUAAAUAAUAAAGAAGAAGACUCUUGGUUUUCUACGACAGCAUACAGGCCAGAAGAAUUCUCUGCACCAGAUUCAGAAGCACAAGUUGGUCUAUAUUUUCAGCAACUGCCUAGUCCAGGAUAUGGUAAUUCCUUUGAUAAGGAUUCCGGAAACAGUCAAGCAAACGAAGAAGAAUCAUUGUUUGGUACUAUAAACGACCAGAUAAAGACUAACCAAGAUGCAAACUUCCAGCCAAUUGCAAGCGUGUUUGAAGAAGAAAAUCAAUUUCUGACGUUUCCUCCUUCUCAGUCUUACUGUUCUUUUGCUAACAAAAGCCAUAUUGACCAGCUAUUCACAGAUUUUGGCAAUGCAAAAGAAAUCUUCGGUAAACCCAGCCUGUACGACAGUGAAGAAACCCAACAGGUGACGGGUCCUACCCACCAGACGGCUGAGAGGGACCUCACAAGCAUCCUCACAGCUCCAGAAAUGAUUUGCACCCUUAACAACCAAAGCUUAAAUGCAAUAAACCAGAAUCCAGUUUGGAAUCAGUUCAAACACUGCAGUGUCCAGAAAAGAAAUCCUGUAGGGUUUUCUGAUCAGCAAAAACUUACCAGGUUCUUUGAUAAUAUAGGAGGUUUUAAAAAACAAAAGAAAUGUACUAAGGCACCAAAACCUAUAAAGAAUUACUUAAAGAACAGCAGGAAGAAAGACCAAUCAGGUCCCAAUAUGGAUUAUUUGAAGAUUUUCGCCCAUGAAACGCUGGAUAAGGAAUUUUACAGUGACUCUGAUCAGCAUUGGAAGCAAAGCAAGCAAAAUGAUGAUGAUUUCCAGUUAAGCAGCCAGUCGCCCACUUAUUCUCCAGAGGAAGCAGAUAGAUAUACCAGCUCUUCCUCUGACGAGUCUAAACCAGAGGAGCGCGAUGAAGGAGCGUCAUCGGAUUCCCAAGGCUCCUUUUCAAGGACUUCCCGCGAUCCCUGCUCAGGACCAGAGGACGUUCGCCAAUUCCACGGCAGGCACUGGAAUCAAACCAAUAUUCAACCCCAGCAGAAACUCGCCACAACUCCAAGAAAGGAUACGUUGCGCAGAGCUGGACUGCCGAUGUCGGGCGUGAACGAUAAGGGGAAGCGCGAGGCUUCCUCUCAAACCGAGGCGUGUGCCGACCCAGUAGAAAAAUCCAACGCAGCUGUGCAGUGUGACAUCAUCCAGAGCUGCCCCUGCAAAAAGGAGCUGUCCGUUGCCCACAGUGCUGAAAUGGUAACUUCGACAAGCAAGGCAGAGGCCACUGGAGGGCAGAAUGUUACAGCAGAUAGUGCAGUCCUUCGGCCUCCAAAUAGCAAUUCUAAGCUUUGUCUCCCAAAACAGAUGGUUUUGAAGUGGCAAGGUCAGCCUAGCUCAGUCUAACAAAUAAGAAGGGGAGUUGGGGUGGGGGAACAUACAUAUUUAUUGGCAAUGCAGUCAAGGAGCUUAAAUUAAUGUGUUCCUUCCGACAUAUAUAAUUACACAGAUUGAGAGAUACUUAAAAUACGUGUCGCAAAACGGUGGGGAAUGAAGCAACUAUAAUGUUGUUGUUGUUAGUUGCAAAGUCGGGCCUGACCCAUCGCGACCCCAUGGACAACGUUCCUCCAGGCCUUUCUGUCCUCUACUAUCCCCUGGAGUCCGUUUAAACUCAACGCCGACUGCUUCGGGGACUCCAUCUAGCCACCUCCUUCUCUGCCGUCCCCUUCCUCUUUUGCCCUCCAUCGUCCCCGGCAUUAGGCUCUUCUCCAGGGAGUCCUUCCUUCUCAUUAGCAUCUAUAAUAACAACUAUAAUAAUAGCGACUAACGCAAUAUAUAUAUAUAACAUUGCUAAGCUAGUGGUUUAGUAACUUUAUCUUCUCGGCAACUCCUUUCUCCAUCCCUUAACUAAGUAUAUCGUCCUGUGCCUCCCAUUUUUGUUAACGUCGUUUAAUGUAAAUGUCUCUGUGAAAACAACACUUAAUACAUUUGCAUCUUGUCCUUCCCUUCCUAAAGUCAAUGCACAGUGGCCCGAUUCUGUCAUGAGUCCCGCAGGCCGGAAUUUGUUGGCAAGCUCAUUUUGUCCUCUUCAGCUGAGCUUGGAACAGAAAGAAAAGAAUCCUCAUUUUAAAACGAUGUCUGCACCAGAGAUUGGAUGGAUGAAGAGCCCCACCCAGAGUCCAUUUGCUAUUUUGUUUUUAAACCAUCUUUAAACCAUAGUCUCUUGGUUAACCUAUGAUGACGCCUACAAGAAGAAAGGGAAGAAGGCACACAUCAUCCUGUUA